GGGGAGGGGUGGCCACAGGGGCAGUCUGGUAAGCUCACUCCGGCUCCAGCUGGGCCCGAAGUGUUGCACUCACCACCAGCAGGCUCAGGCACUCGGGUCCGGCCUGCCACCUCGCCAUGGCCACGAAGGCAGACAGUAGGCCCGGGGGGCUCCCCAGCGGUGGCUGUGACCUGGGCAUAGCCCAAGAGCACAUGCAAGCGGUCACCCGAAACUACAUCACUCACCCCCGUGUCACCUACAGGACAGUGUGCAGCGUCAAUGGGCCCUUGGUGGUGCUGGACCAGGUCAAGUUUGCCCAGUACGCUGAGAUUGUCAACUUCACCCUCCCUGAUGGGACUCAGAGAAGCGGGCAGGUGCUUGAGGUGUCAGGGACCAAGGCAAUUGUUCAGGUGUUUGAAGGAACCUCUGGGAUCGAUGCCCAGAAGACCACCUGCGAAUUCACAGGGGACAUCCUACGGACUCCAGUGUCAGAGGACAUGCUAGGUCGGGUUUUCAAUGGCUCCGGUAAGCCCAUUGACAAGGGGCCAGUGGUCAUGGCAGAGGACUUCCUGGACAUCAAUGGCCAGCCCAUCAACCCCCAUGACCGCAUCUACCCUGAAGAGAUGAUUCAGACGGGCAUCUCUCCCAUCGAUGUCAUGAAUAGCAUUGCCCGUGGUCAGAAGAUCCCUAUCUUCUCAGCAGCCGGGCUCCCCCACAAUGAGAUUGCUGCCCAGAUCUGCCGCCAGGCUGGGCUGGUGAAGAAGUCCAAGGCUGUGCUGGAUUAUCACGAUGACAACUUUGCCAUUGUCUUUGCAGCCAUGGGGGUGAACAUGGAGACAGCCAGGUUCUUCAAGUCCGACUUCGAGCAGAACGGUACCAUGGGGAACGUCUGCCUCUUCCUGAACUUGGCCAACGACCCCACGAUCGAGCGGAUCAUCACCCCACGCCUGGCACUGACCACUGCUGAAUUUCUCGCCUACCAGUGUGAGAAGCACGUGCUGGUCAUACUGACCGACAUGAGUUCCUACGCAGAGGCCUUGCGGGAGGUCUCCGCUGCCAGAGAGGAGGUGCCCGGGCGCCGAGGUUUCCCAGGAUACAUGUACACAGACCUGGCCACCAUCUAUGAGCGGGCAGGCCGUGUGGAGGGCCGGGGAGGAUCCAUCACUCAGAUCCCCAUCCUCACCAUGCCCAAUGAUGAUAUCACCCACCCAAUCCCAGACCUGACGGGUUUCAUCACAGAGGGACAGAUCUAUGUGGAUAGACAGCUUCAUAACAGACAGAUCUAUCCCCCCAUCAAUGUGCUCCCUUCCCUGUCGAGGCUAAUGAAGUCCGCCAUUGGGGAGGGCAUGACGAGAAAGGACCAUGGAGAUGUCUCCAACCAACUGUAUGCUUGCUAUGCCAUCGGGAAGGAUGUGCAGGCCAUGAAGGCGGUGGUGGGGGAGGAGGCGCUCACUUCCGAGGACCUGCUCUACCUGGAAUUCCUGCAGAAGUUCGAGAAGAACUUCAUCAACCAGGGUCCCUACGAGAACCGCUCCGUGUUUGAGUCCUUGGACCUGGGCUGGAAGCUGUUGCGCAUCUUCCCCAAGGAGAUGCUGAAGCGCAUCCCUCAGAGCGUGUUGGAUGAGUUCUACUCCCGCGAGGGGGCGCCGCAGGACCCCGCGUCAGACACAGCGCUCUAGCCCUGCCCACAGUCAGACCCCAGACUGUGUCCUGGGACCCCUGCUACACCCGUUCUACGCACGCCUCGAGUUCCACACACCCAACCAACCGCUUGAGUGCUCACGGUCCGCACCCCGCCCACUCCCACGCUUCAUCCCUCUGCCUGGAGUCCCUGCACUGGGCAAGAACAAAAGGUUGUUAAGCCUGUAUCAAGCACUUGAGAAUCACCUAGAGAACUUUGCAAAAUACCAAGGCCCAGGCUCCAACCAGAUCAGUUAAUACGAAUCUGUAGGCAGAAGUCCUCUGCAUCAGUAUUUUUCCCCCAGGUACAGCCAGAUGGCAACCACUGGUAUAGAUAACCCAAGGAAGGAUAAUUAAGGUUGACACACUCUCUAACCCCAACACAUACAUAGGGCUUGCUGUCAUUCGUAGGAUCCUAGCACCCCAGAAACAACAGCCCACAGAAUCCCCCAACUGCCAGGACCUCCUCAAGCUUUGUCCCUGCAACGCAUUGUCACUUUAUCUUAAUUUGUUCAUUAGAAGCCAGUUGUUAAGGCCCCACCUGGGGAAGGUAUCCAGUAGAAUUUGCUGGCUUUUAAGGUGCAUAGGAGGGGUGCUGACGCCUUUGGACCACUGGGGUUGGGAAGGCAAGUGGGCUACCAGAAGAGGUUUCCCUGGAAUGAGGGAGAGCUGCUUCAGGGUGGGGAAUCUGCAUUUUUGUCCCUCCCUGUAGGUCUCCGUGGUCUUGGGAGACACUGCGCCCCCCUUCUUAGAUUUCUCUGGGGGAAAUACCAGGAAUGAUGUGGCACAGAGGGGAGAAGGUAGUCAGAAGUGGGUGGUAUGGUCGGGUAUAUCUACAUUUGACCCUGGGGCCUCAGUAAACCUCUGAUAAGCUUGGGGUCAUUCCCCCCUGAGAAGGGAUGGAAUGUGGAUAUGGUUCAGUAACACUCAACAGUGACUCAAGCAACACUGAUGGCCUGACUGCCAUGUAUUAUAAAAACUUAAAAAGGCAAACUGAGGAAAACAUUGACAGCAAAAUAUGUAUAAAGGGUUACUAUGUUAAUAGGUUUUACAAAUCAGUAAGAAACACUUUUAGGACCCUCAAAGAACAAUGUGAAUAAACAGAUGAUUCCCAGAAGAGAAAAACACUGAUGAUUAUUUAACUCUUGGUAGUAAUCAGGAAGUCAAAUAAGAACAUUCCCACUACCAAAUUAACAAAUGUUUAUUUAAAGUCAUACUAUUCAGUGCUGGUGAUGAUGGUUCAAGUAUUUGCUUUUAAUAAUAGCAAAUUCAUAGAUAGCUGGCCCAGUCUCGCUGCUCCAAUUCCCUCCCUCCUUGUUUGGUAGGUGGUAUUAUUCCCAUUUUGCCAGUGCAGAAACUAAGACACAGAGGUCAAGUAACUCAUCCAAAGUCACACAGGUGAUGUGCAGUGAACCUGCUUGACUGCAGGUAGAAGUAUAAAUGAAGGGGGGCCUGCGAGUCUCAGUUGGUUAAGUGAUCUCAGCUCAGGUUUCUUGCAUGGGGGCUGGUGUGGGUACCAGCCUGGGUCGGACUCUGUGCUGACAGCUUGGAGCCUGCAGCCUGCUUCAGAUUCUGUGUCUCCCUCUCCCUCUGCCCCUCCCCUGCUCAUGCUCAUGCACGCGUGCGCUCUCUCUCUC